UUUGAUUUGGCAGACUAUUAUUUGACGCAUGCGCACAGGUAAUUCUUCCUUUCUGCAAAACUCUUCGCCAUGGCUCCGGUGAAACUUAAAAAGCCAGCCGCCAAAGGGGGCAAGAAGAAGAAGCAGGUCCUGAAGUUCACCCUGGACUGCACCCACCCUGUCGAAGAUGGCAUCAUGGAUGCUGCCAACUUUGAGCAGUUCCUGCAGGAGCGCAUUAAGGUGAACGGGAAAGCUGGGAACCUGGGAGGUGGCGUGGUGAGCAUUGAGAGGAGCAAGAGCAAGAUUACAGUCUCUUCAGAAGUGCCCUUCUCCAAGAGAUACCUAAAAUAUCUAACAAAGAAGUACUUGAAGAAGAACAACCUCAGGGACUGGCUCCGUGUAGUUGCGAACACCAAGGAAAGCUAUGAAUUACGCUACUUCCAGAUCAACCAGGAUGAGGAGGAGGAGGAAGAUGAGGAUUAGAUGUACGAAGCUUUCCUCUCUUUUUGUACAUUCAAUAAAUCAUUGUACUCUUAUGAUGAUAUUUCA